CCGCCCCCUUCGUAAAUUCAAAAAAUUUCCCGUUAGCGCUCUCAUCUCUCUUUCUCUCUGCACUUUUGUAGGCCGUCUAGCUUUAUCUUCAAUCGCCACCGCUCUUUCGAGUGAUCUUUGAAGAAUUCGCAGCCACAGUCUCAGUCGCAUCGGAAAUCGAAUCAAUUGGGUUAAUGUCGAUGGCGGAAGUCGACCACAUCGAUCUCGAAGUGAAGGGCCUCAGUCUCCUCGACGAUGGGCCGGAGAAUGAUGAUUUCGUCCUAACCUUGUCCCCUUCGCCGCUCAAGCAGACUGAUAAUCACAAAGGCUUAAGCUUGGAGAUGUCGGGAACGAUGGAUGUUCAAGAAGAAAAGGAUAUGGAUAAUAGAGGUGAAGAAGAUGACGUGCUGCCUGAACUACAUGAAUCAAUGGAACCAGAAAGAAGCAGAAGGAAAGGAAAGUUGAAUUUACGCAAGAGCUUAGCAUGGGAUAGUGCUUUCUUUACGGAUGCAGGGGUUCUGGAUGCUGAGGAGUUGUCCAGCAUGGUCAAGGGAUCUGAAAAGAUUGAGAAAAAUGUAAUGCCUAGGAUUGAAGAGGAUGUUGAAAAAUCUACAGAUACAAUAUCAACAUUAGCAAGUGAUAAUGUGGCGCUGGAACAUCUUGAGGCUGAGUUGUUUGAAGACAUUAGAGCAUCGAUACAGAGAUCCAAUAAAGUGUCAAAUGUGAUGACCUCAAUCAGGAAAGACGUAUCUCCUGUGGCAGAUAAUGGGGGUAAUUCUGCUUCGAAGAAGGCAGAUGCCACUUUAAAAAAUGUGCCAAAGUCUAAACUUGCUCCAAAAAGAGCCAUUGGGGCUCAGACUUUGGGAAUGUUAAAAAGUCAGCAGAAACACACUGAUGGGAUACAAGGCCCCAGGAAAAGCAUAAAGCUGGACAAUCCUCGUGUCACACAGCCUGUCAAAACUGGGGACUUAACAUCAUCACUUGCUAAGCUACCAAAACUGCCCAGUAAGGCAAAUCCCAUCCCAGCAACAAUGGCAAAAAGGGCGUCUUUGAGUGCUAAUCAUGUUAAAAUUGAUCAUGACAAUACAAAAACCAAUACUGUUGCUGGUAAAGGGGCUCAUACAUCAAAAGUAUUUGACUCAAGUAAUGCCUGCAAGGCGUUACCAAAACCUGCAUUGUCUUCCAAGGCUUCUUCAAUGAGAUUUUCAGCUGCAAGCAAGAUGCUGUCCUCAAGAUCUUCAAGUGAUAGUACUGGAAGUACUUUGUCUGACAAGGCAGGAAAACCCAAUUUACCUAUGGCCAGAAGGAAGUUGGUUAGUAAACCUGUUAGUCAACCUUCCUCUGCUUCAAUGCUCAAAACUCCAUCAAAAACAGCAUUGAAGAAUAAAGUAUCAUCUGGAAAUUCUGCAAUCUCAGCUUAUCUCAUGUCUUCAAAGAUCAAUUCUAGCAUAUCACCUGCUAGUUCUAUAAGCGAAUGGUCAUCAGCUUCGGCAGCAUCAUCAUCAUCCUGUUCUAUCAUUAAUGAGAGGUCAAAUAAGUCGAGGAUUAGUUUUGAUACCAGUUCCUGUAUAUCUUUGGAGAGUGAUGCUUCUACUUUGGACUUCACAAAUUCUUCUAGUAAUCAGAAUCAGGGAACAGCAUCGCCUAAAGAAAAUACAAGGAAAGCUUCAACACAAAGUGACACAGUCUCUCUUCCACCUAUGAAACCAUCAGGCCUACGGAUGCCAUCCCCAAAAAUUGGUUUCUUUGACGGGGUGAAGUCAGUUCGCACACCCAAUGGGACUAUGCGAUGUAAUUCCAAACAAAGCACUGCAUUGCCCAAAAUUGGAACUAUCUGCAGUCCAAAUGGGAUUGGGAGGUCAAAUAUGAAAUCCAAGGCCUCAGGUCUUCCACCCUCAAGAAUGUCAACUGCCUCUGAAAAUAUGAAGUCUGGUACUCAGAACCUUUCUUCUCCCACAUCUUUCCAGGACAAAUCACAGUCACCUACCUCAUUGAACAUCACUGAUGCUCCAAAAGAUAAACAAUCUUUUCCUAGCUUUGCUCCAGAAGUUCAUCAUGAACAGAAUGAAGAAAGUAACUCAUAUGCGAUGGAUGUUGGAAGCGGAGUACAUGAUACAGUAAAAGAUGUAGUAGAAGAUGCUGGUUUAGAGGCAGUUAAUCAUGGGGACCUUGGCGUUCUGAAGAAUGAAAUGAUUGCUAAUGUAAAUGAGAAAGCCAAUUCAAACGACAUCAAGGUUGUUGCUGUUGAAGAGGAGACUUCUUAUUCAAUUUCCAAGAAUGCUGAUACAACAAUAUCUGAGAUGGAUGUUGGCAGCAGAGUACAUGAUACAGUAAAACAUGUAGUACAAGAUGCUGGUUUAGAGGCAGUUAAUCAUGGGGACCUUGGCGUUCUGAAGAAUGAAAUGACUGCUAAUGUAAAUGAGAAAGCCAACUCCAACGACAUCAAGGUUGUUGCUGUUGAAGAGGAGACUUCUUAUUCGAUUUCCAAGAAUGCUGAUACAACAAUAUCUGAGAUUGCAGCUAGCAGGAUACCAUUUGCUGUCAAGAAUUCUGGGGAUGGCGAUUUUCUUGACUUCUCUAAAGAAGCAGUCGUCGAGGAGGUGGUUGGGAAGAUUAAUUCUGCCAUUCCUCUGGAAAUUGAUUACAAAGAAAACAACAGUUUAUAAAUUAAUUGGCAGCCUCUCCCCCACCCUCCUGGUGUGUACUUUGAUCCUCCUAUAUGUUUAGAUCUAUCACGCUAGACAUGACAGGUCUUUUUUUUUUUACCAGUAAAAUUGUAAGUGCAGGCUACCUUUGUGGUGUUGAUCAUAAUGUGUUUAAAAUGAGUCAAUUAUUGUAUUCUAUCCACUUGAAAUCCUAGGCUCACAAAUCUUGAACAGAGAUGUUUUAGUAUGUUUCAACUCAGUUUGAUGAAA